CAUUAGGGCACGAAAUUUUCUAUCGUUGAACGAGAACAAUAGUUAAACAAAGCUUCAGUUCAACGAUAUCGUGUAGUAAUAUUCAUUAUUUCUCAAGUAGCCGUAUUUCUUUGUUAUAUUUGGUGAGUAAAAUGGACACAAAAUUAUCGUUGGCUAAUGCAAAUUGGAUGAAAGAUUUAGACCCCAGAUUGAAAGAUGUCAGCAUUUGUUACUUAGCUAUUCCAGGUUCACACGACUCUUUGUCUUAUUCAAUUACACGACAAAACGGUUUAUCUCCAGAUGCUCCCAACAUAGCUAAAAUAUUUGGUCGUUUCUUAGGCAGUUUUAUGGGACGAAUUACCUUCAACUGGUGUGUAACCCAAUCUUUGGACAUCAAACAGCAGUUUCUAUUUGGCAUCAGAUAUUUUGACAUACGAACUGCUCGAAAAGGAUCAAAGUUGUUAGCUUGUCAUGGCCUAUAUGGAAUGGAAGUUAUUGACGCUUUGGAAGAAAUAAACGAAUGUUUGAACGAGCAUCCUGAAGAAGUAGUCAUCUUGGAUUUCCAACAUAUAUACGAUUUCACAUCUAUGGAUCAUAGAUUUCUGAUGGGAAAAAUUCAUUCCAUUUUUCAAUUCAAGUUAUGCCCUGAACCAAAAAACGUCACUGAUGUAACUUUAAAUUGGCUGAAAAACAAUCGUUAUCAAGUGAUCGUAAUUUAUAGGACAGAUGAAAUUGACUUGACGUCAUAUUUGUGGCAUUCUUCAAAAUGGAUAACUUUAUGGCCUAAUACAACAAACCUAAACUAUUUGUACAAUUAUCUCACUGAAACGUUGAGAGAUCGUCCCGAAAAUACAGGUUUCGUCUCUCAAUGCUUAUUUACUCCAUCUACUGCGUUUAUAACUUUCCAUAUAUUAUCUACAUUAAAGAAAAAAUGCUGCAUAGAAUGUGAUUUGAAAAUUAAAUCUUUAUGGAUUAAAAAACAAAAAUCGUUGAGACCAGACGGCGUGAAUGUAGUUAUUGCUGAUUUCGUUAAUUUACCCCAUUUUGAUUUCUGUUCAACGGUAAUUAAUAUAAAUAAUUGUAGUCUUUAAAUGACAUUACGUUUAAGAUGCUUUUCGGCUGUGGCUCUAUUUCGUUUUAGUACUUUUUAAAAUGCAUUGCAUACCUGGCGUUUUUAUAUUUUAUAGUUUAAAUUUUUAGUUACUCGUAUUGUGAAUUUUAGUAGUUCUUAUUCUGUGAUAUGAUUUAAUACCUAAUAUUGAAAUUUUAUGAAUUUAAAUUGUACGUGAAUUUUAAAGUGUAAAAUACAUGAAUAUGUUACAUUAUUUUACGAAGAAUUAUGUAUCUUGGAGAAAAUAAAAAAUUCUUAUUAAAA